AUGUAUCUCACCCUCCUCGGCAUCUCCACCCUUCUCACGGGAAUCGCAUCGGCGCAGUCGCUGGCUGGCCUGCCGACCUGCAUUUGUACCUCCGAAUCCUUUCUCGACGGCAUUGCUUGCUGCGUCUUCAAUGAUUGCGAGCCAGCUGACCAACAGUCUGCCCUUGACUAUGCCCACAGCAUCUGUGAUCCUGAAGGUGCUUCGUCACUUCUGCCCGCCACCGCAGGCUGCUCCAGCACCUCUGGCAGCGCCACCGCAACAGGAAGCUCAAACUCGUCUGCCACUGCGACCGCUGGCACCACCGGCACCGGCGCGGCUGCGUCUGCUUCAUCCUCCGCUUCCUCUGCUCUCAGCGGCAUAACAUCAUCCGCUAGCUCAGCACUAUCCAGCGCCAGCGCAACUGUGAGCAGCGUUGCGUCUGAAGCUUCUGCCUCUGUGACCGGCGCUGCAGCCAGCGCAACAUCAAGCCCCGCCGCGGGCAAUCAGUUGAGCGUUCGGGGCGUCGGACUCGGCGUUGUGGGGGCAGGGCUCUUGGGACUGGCGGCGCUCUUGUAG